AAGCACAGCUCAGCCACUCCUCCUUCCCCAGGUGAGGAAUUCCACGACGUGGAGGACGCAGAGACCUACAAGAAGAUGCUGGCGCGCGACGAGCGGCGUUUCCGGGUGGCGGACCAGGACGGGGACUCGAUGGCCACCCGGGAGGAGCUGACAGCCUUCCUGCACCCGGAGGAGUUCCCUCACAUGCGGGACAUCGUGGUGGCUGAAACCCUGGAGGACCUGGACAAGAACAAAGAUGGCUACAUCCAAGUGGACGAGUAUAUCGGUGAGUGGGGCCCGAGUCUGUCCCUGAGGACGCUUCCAUGUGACUGUUCGUUCACAAGUCCCUCACCCUCUCUGAGCCUCCGUUUCCUCAUUUCUGCCCUGCUGACCGCUGACCUCCCUCAGGACGGGCGUCUGAGUAAGGCCGAGAUCCUGGGCAACUGGAACAUGUUUGUGGGCAGCCAGGCCACCAACUACGGCGAGGACCUCACACGGCACCACGACGAGCUCUGAGCCGCGGCGCCCCCCGCAGCCUCUGGCCGUGGGGUGACAGGAGGACGCGGUGGCCAGGCCCCUCCGUGCCCGGCCCCGCGGGAUGCGGACACAGCCCCCGGCCCCCGGCUCUCACGGACACACCCGGGCAAGUUCCUCCUUCAGACACCUCAUCCCCUCUCGUCCCCACCCCAGGGCCCCACAGGCCUGAGGAGAGAGGGGGCCCCCCACUUCUCACCGGCAGGACCUCCCAGCCCGCCCGCGGCCCCCGUCACCGCACAGUCCACGUCCGAGCCUCACACACAGACAGGAAGCCUCCCACCGCCUCAGCCCUGCACCUGCCGGCCCACAGGCAGCGCCCAGGAGCCUCCUCUCUCGGGGGGGGGGGGGGGGGCAAUAAAACCCAGCGCUGGGCUC